GACUCUCCUUAUACACAAAACAAUAAACAAAAAAACCCAAAAAAAUAUUAAAAAAAUCAGCGAAAAAAACAGACAACAGAAUACAUUUAGGACAACAUCACCCACCAAUGUCUAAGAUGUUUCGGAGUAACUUGGCUAUGAUGUGCAACACUCGCCGCCAUACAGUUCCACCAAGUGAGGAGCACGUGAGCGACUUAUUGGACAUGGUUGAAGGUGAAAGCGAGCUAGAUGGACGUUCGUUAAUGUCAACGUUGUCACGCACACCAUUGCUGCUCAUUGAUUAUGUACAGUUUAAGGCUGCCCGCUCCAUACAAAGCUACUGGCGUGCUUUUCGCAUUCGUCAGCUGUUAAAUAAACGCACCAAAGCGGCCGUUACCAUUCAGAGUUGGUGGCGUGGUACUAUGGUGAGGAAAUCCUAUUUACGAAUGAUUGAAAAUAUGUUGCAGCAACGCAUAGAAGAACGUUUUAAUAAGGCAGCCAUUAAAAUUCAAGCCCUAUUCCGUGGUUGGUUCGUACGUCAAACGGUUCACGAUAUGCAUAGCCUGAGGCGCAUGCAGGUGGGUGCCGCCGAGGAUUUGUUGAACUGUGUGGCCUUCAAAUUGCAUCAUUUGUUGCGCACCUAUUCGAUACCAGGUGUUUAUUCCAUAAGGAAUUCCAAUUGUCUUUCACGUGUGGAAAAAUUGUUGGCUAGUCUGAACUUCCGCUUUCACAAUGGUCGUGUGCGGGCCUUUAUGGCCAAACGCAUGACCGAUGUGAGAGGUCAACGUCAGCGUUUUACUUUAAAUUCCCGUUAUACAGAGGUUCCCUAUCACGGACCCAAUUUUAUGGGUCUAUGUAGGCCGCAACCCGAUCAGGUAUUGCAUCAUACCAAAGAUCUGGAUCGACGCAUGUUCAAGAUCAUUGAAUUGUAUGAGGAAUCGCAGCGUGAUAACAAGGCUCAGCAAGUUUAUAGCAAUCUAGCCGAAAAGAAACGACGUAAACAGAUUGACAAAAUACUAGCAAAACAUAAAAGUAAACGACGUGAUUUCUGUGGCGAUGUCAUCAAUAGUAUGAGACGCUGGAAAAUCUGGGAUGAACAGAAACUACUUGUUGAUCAAGAGGUCUUUCGUGAUCCGAACAAUUUGGAGAAAUUUCUCCAUGAAAUCUCUGAAAUUCUAGCGGAAAUUGAUGGCAGAAGUUGUUACUGUAGUAUACCCGUUUACGAUGAAAUCUAUUGUCUAUAAAAAAAAAAUAAACAAAAACAAGCAACAAAACAGCAAA